AUGCGCACUGCCACUCUACUCGCAUGCGUUGGUACCUCGCUAGUCUCUCUCGUGUCUACAGUACAGGCCAGUGAUUAUCAUUGUACUAAUGGCGCAGUAAUUCCGGCAUCUUACAUCGUUUCUGCCUUGACGAGAGCUAGAGAGGACGCGAACAACUAUCAAUACGGUUUCAGCCCGAAUCAGCCGGGUGCUUUCUAUAAGGCCACGCCUACGGCGACAUCUUACGAACAAUUGUACUGGCGCGAAAUCUCUGUUGAUCCGGGGCAGCGAAGUAUACAAAAUGUAAAUUAUGUAUACGAAGUAGUAUUUAAUAUUCGUUAUGAUUUGCGCUACGUCAACGCACAUCGAGAGUCCGAUAGAGAGAAACGACACACAUUUUCCUGUUCAUAA